AUGAGCAAGCAGCCUGCGGUUGUGGCCAUAGCGAGACAUGGCGCUCGCCUCGAUGCAUCUGAUAGGGCCUGGAGGGACAAGGCAGAUAAGCCGUACGAUACACCGCUCUCUUAUGGCGGCUGGCGACAAUGCCAGAUAUUAGGUGCUCGGAUCGCCAGUGAGCUCAAGCUCCUCGACGCUAGCCGCAAGGCGGAUGGGCAGGAGCUGCCUCAGAAGCGCCGUAGAAUCAUCGUUCACUGCUCGCCAUAUCUACGAUGUCUUCAGACUGCCAUCGCGAUCAGCGCAGGCUUACAAGAGGCCGAUUCUCAAGCCGGAAAUCUGCCGGCGGUCUUACGAGAUGGCCUCGUACUCGACACGAGAACCAAAGAGGGGGACGAGAAUCAAGGAACGGAAGCAGCAAUUAGUCGACCUUUGCUGCGUCUGGACUGCUUUCUCGAGGAGUGGCGAUCGGCUAGCUACUUCGAGAAGUCCAUGCCACCCGCGCCUUCUCGGGUCCUGCUGGCAGCGGCGAAGGAGAUGCUUCAACAGCCUGCGGAAGAAAUCAAAGGCACAGAUCUGGCCAGUCCAGCCGUGAAUUGGGUUACUGCUGUUGACCGAGAGGCCAAUACUGUGGAAGAUGUCACAACAAGUGGUCAGCCUGGAUUGCGGCAGCAGAUCUCAAAGCGAGCUCGCCACCUGUCCGAUAUCCCCAGCGUCAACGGACCGAUAUUCUUCCAGCCUCGACUCCGCGGCUACACUCCUCCGACACCAAAAUACGCCCUUGCGCCAUCUGAUCCAAUUCCUGUGGGCUUUGUCGCUCAUGCUCGAGACGCUUGCCUGCGCGUGGACUACGAUUGGGACAGCACAAGGGAAUGGGGAGACGGAGGUGUUUGGGACGAAGAAUGGGGCAGCAUGCAUCGCCGCGUCGGCAGCGGCCUGGAAGAGUUGGUGCGGUACUACAACAAGGAAGAGGACGAUACCGUCGUCAUUCUCGUUACCCACCAGGCAUGCUGUAAUGCCUUGAUCCGGAGACUGACCGGUGCACCCGCUCUGCACGACAUUGGCACUGCCUCUCUCACGCUUGCUAUCCGUCGCGACGAGCAAUCCCCCACAGCCGAAUCGCCGACCUCUUCUCGGAGAUCAGUUGAUGGACACAUCUCUCAGCAAUACGAAAUGAAGAUUAUUGCCUCGACAGAGCAUCUCCGUGGCGGCUCCAAUCCGCUCGGCCUCAACUCACCACGUCUCGGCCGAUCUCCUGCCUUCGCUGGACGUCGAGCUGUUGGCGCCGAUUCGGCCGAAGGCUUCACGCUUGGCGAUCCAUGGCGACACCAUCCCAUGAGUCGAAGCCUCAGCCACCGGACCUCCGAAGCAGACGUCGAACCUCUCAUGGCAGACGGUCUGUGGGCUGCCGGUAUCCAAGAACGAGCACACGUCGGCACCGCAAUCGGCGAUGAGCUUGAAAAGCAGCUUAGGGAUGACGGCGAGAGAAGUCUGCCUGUCAGAGCGGCCACUCAGAAUACUGGAAUGUGGGUCGGCGCGUCGAGGAGAGGAUCGAACAUAGUUCGAGAAAGAAGUCCUGGAAAAAGGAGAUGGACCGCUGUCGAUACAAGUCCAUAA